GGCAGCCAGCAAGCGGCGCUUCAGCCCCAGCUCGGCUCUCGGUGCAGCCGCCGCUGAAAAUGUCCAGAGAGGAUCGAGUUACUCAACGCCCCAUCUUUAAGCCCCAGUCAGUGCGCCGUUAGCCGCAGGACAACACAGGAUAGCAUAGGAUACUGGCCGCUUCCACACUCAUGCCUUGAUAAAGGGAAGAAUAGACAUUCAUCUGGAGUUCUAAAAAUGAUAGAAACAAUGGACACACAGCGUGCCUUGCAGGCGGUGGAGCGACUCCAGGCCAAACUGAAGGAGCGGGGAGAAGUGCCCACUGAGGAGAAGCUCAGCCUACUCAAGUCAGUACUCCAGAGCCCCCUCUUCCACCAGAUCCUGGCCCUGCAGAAGUCUGUCCAGCAUCUCAGAGACCAGGGGAGUGUCCCUUUAUCAAGAGGAAGUGAUCUCACUGCAGUCAAGCCCAAUGGCAGUCAUGUCUCCUACUCAGAGACCCCGGCUCCUGCACAUGCCAAUGGCAAGAUAUCGUCUGAAGAAUUUGAACAUAUUAUCCACUCCAUGGCGCAGGGGCGUUACGUGACACAGGUGGAUUUGCAGAAACCAGUAUCAGGAGGUCUUGGCUUCAGCGUGGUGGGCCUAAAAAGCGAGAACCGCGGGGAGCUCGGCAUCUUCAUCCAGGAAAUUCAACCAGGAAGUGUCGCUCACUGUGAUGGGAAGCUCAAAGAAGCAGACCAGAUAUUGGCCAUUAAUGGCAAGCCCCUGGACAAGACAGUGACCCACCAGCAGGCUAUAGGCAUGCUGCAGAGUGCUUCAGAUAGGGUGCAGCUGACAGUGGCCAGAGGGCCAAUACCUCAGCUGGCCAGUCCUGCAGUGUCCCGCACGCCCUCUGCUGCCAGUACACUAUCAGCCAACUCCAGCGCGUGGCAGCACGUGGAGACAGUUGAACUGGUCAAUGACGGCACUGGUCUCGGCUUUGGUAUUGUUGGGGGAAAAACCACCGGAGUUAUAGUCAAAACGAUACUUCCUGGAGGCAUCGCUGAUCAGGAUGGCCGCCUGCGUAGUGGGGACCACAUCCUGAGAAUUGGCGAUACCGACCUGCACGGGAUGGGCAGCGAACAGGUGGCCCAGGUCCUCAGGCAGUGCGGCAACAGGGUGAAGCUGGUUGUUACUAGAGGUCCUGUGGAAGAGGCUCCCUCUGCCUCUGUCAUGCCUGUGGUGCUCCCCACUGUCAAUGAACAGCAGGGCUAUGAGGAAGAGGAUGCUGAAGCAUUUGACGUGAGCCUUACCAAGAACACCCAGGGACUUGGGAUCACUAUUGCUGGCUAUGUUGGAGACAAAAAUUCAGAGCCCUCUGGUAUUUUUGUUAAGAGCAUAACAAAAGACAGCACUGUAGACCAAGAUGGCCGUAUUCACGUUGGAGACCAGAUUAUAGCUGUCGAUGGCGUGAACAUCCAGGGAUACACCAAUCAGCAGGCAGUUGAAGUGCUCAGACACACGGGCCAGACAGUCCACCUUAAGCUGAUCCGGCGGGGCUUCAGGCCCGACGAGAUCCCCCCUGUCGCGGCCCCCGUUGUCACCGUCCUUCCCCCUUCCACCACCAUCCCCACAACCACCACCGUCAUGAAGGAGCUGGAGCUGGAGAGAAAGAAAGCUGAGGAGGCCACCCAAGAUGAAAAGCAGCUCCACACAAAGAGUGAAGGAUCUGAUGUCAACCCAGCCACGGAUCAGCUAACAGAAGACAAACAUGGACCAAUCUUAACACCUUUCGAAGAGGAAGAGCUCAUGAAGAAGUGGCAGGAAAUUUUGGGCCCAAGUAAUGAAGUUGUGGUGGCUCAGGUGGAGAAGUUUACCGAGAACAGUGGUCUGGGCAUCAGUCUGGAAGCCAACAGCGGGCAUCAUUACAUCCGAUCUGUCCUUCCUGAGGGACCAGUCGGUCGCUGUGGCAAGCUGUUCAGUGGAGAUGAGCUGCUUGAGGUUAAUGGGAUUUCCUUGAUUGGUGAGACCCACAAAGAAGUAGUGAGAAUCUUGAAGGAGCUUCCGCUCCGUGUGUACGUGACAUGCUGCAGGCCCGCCCCCGACCUUCAGCCUGACAUCGAUGCUGAACAAAGAGAAUCAGAGGCUUUGUCCACAACGUCUAAAUUAAAGAAUCAAAUAGACCUCAGCAGCGUGCUGGUUGCCGAAGACUCAGAGGUGAACACAAUGGCAGCGACGCAGGGUACCGUGACUGAGGAGGCGAUAGGAUCCCCCUUGGCUAUGUGGGAGUCGGAGAUCCAGAAUAUCGAGCUCGAAAAAGGAGAAGGGGGAUUGGGAUUCAGCAUUUUGGAUUACCAGGACCCGCUGGACCCCGCCAAAACGGUGAUUGUGAUUCGCUCUCUGGUUCCCAACGGUGUCGCGGAGAAGGAUGGCAGGCUGUUGCCAGGAGACCGACUCAUGUAUGUUAACACCACCAACCUGGAGAACGCCAGCCUCGAGGAUGCCGUCCAGGCCCUCAAGGGGGCCAAGCUCGGCAAGGUCCACAUCGGAGUUGCCAAACCGCUGCCUGGAAUAUGUGGAUAUUCCCACUCUCCACACCCAUAUGGUGAGCAGGAAAUAACUUCAUCACCCACCAUCCAAUCAUUUGACUUCAACAGUAUUUUGGUUGAAGAAGGAGAGGAAGAAGGACUGACUGAGGGCAUCCUUUACCGAGCAGAGCCUGCAUUGAUCGAUGCCAGCGAUGCAGACCUGCCUGAUGAAAAGCUGUUAGAUCACUCUUACUCCGGGAUAGAGGACGACACCUUCCAAGCAUCCAUGAUCGCUCUUCACGGCAGCACCUGUAGCACAGACCUGGAUUACCUACACUCAUCCACACCGAAGCUGACAGCCCGCCUGAACUUGCUGGAUGAGCAUCCCUGCUUUGCAGACAACACUCAAGUGUUCUCUCCGGAGGACUCGGCCUCUUACGCUCCUCCGAGUUUGACAGGCCACAUCCCGGCUUUUAAUGCCAUUCUGAGCAGCUCCGACCAGUACCUGGCACAGCUCCCGAGCACAGAAGAACCAGCGGAGUGCUCCAAUUCCUACAGCCCAUUUGCUGAAAUAGGGAGCAGAUCUUAUGUCCAGGAGGAACCAGCGGAGCCCCUUCACUAUCAGACGGAGCCUGUUAUCUCUUUUGGAGAGCUUGGAGACAUAAGAGUUUUGAUGAAGGACGAGGAGGCUGGUGCGAAAGAAUCAGCAGACGACGGCGACAAAGAUACGCUGACCUCGGGGAGCAGUUUUGAAAGGACUAUCACAGUCGUCAAGGGCAACGCCAGCCUCGGGAUGACAGUGACCGCCUUGAAAGACGGUUUGGGGAUGCUGAUCCGCAGCAUAAUCCACGGAGGAUCAAUUAGCCGCGAUGGACGUCUCGGGGUCGGUGAUCUCAUCCUGGCUAUCAACGGAGAGCCCACUGCCAACCUGACCAACGCCCAGGCCCGCGCCAUGCUCAGGAGGCACUCUCUCAUUGCACCAGAUAUGGGAUCUGCUUGUGCACCUGAGGACGAUCUGUGCCCAUUUUAUGUCAUUACCUAUGUCCCAGCUGAGUAUCUGGAGGAGUACAAGGCCAGCCUGGAGCAAGCUAAAGAUGAUGUCUUCUCUGAUGCAGCUCCAGUCCCGAUUCCAGCUCCGAAAGAUAUUCCUAACCUCCCCGAGCGUGAAGACGGAGAGGGAGAAGAAAGCGCGUCUUAUAACAUCUGGAACCAACCUAGGAAAGUGGAGCUUUUCCGAGAGCCGGGCAAGUCCCUGGGGAUCAGUAUCGUCGGUGGCCGAGGGAUGGGCAGCCGGCUGAGCAAUGGAGAAGUGAUGAGGGGCAUUUUUAUCAAGCACAUCCUGGAGGACAGUCCCGCUGGCCAGAAUGGGACCCUGAAGACCGGGGACAGAAUUGUAGAGGUGGAUGGAGUAGACCUGAGAGAUGCUAGUCACGAAGAGGCAGUGGAGGCCAUACGGAAGGCAGGGAACCCGGUCUCCUUCUCGGUGCAGAGUAUUAUCCAGAGGCCCAGGAAGCCGCCCCUGCCCUUUCUCCAGCUAAAUAGCCACCGCGGGUCAAGCCUUCGCUGUACUAAUCAAACCUCCUUAGCACCUGCCCCGCCUCAGCAAAAAGUGAAAACGAUAGUUGAGGCUUUUACUUCAUCGAUAACAGACUCCGGUGAGGAGAGAGCUGCGGCCACAGCGAGGGACAACAAGGACAAGGAGGGUGACAGUCACAGUAGACUUUUCCUCCGCCUCUCCCCAACUAACCCUUUCACUCCUACCCCGUUUAAGCUGGUGAAGCGUGAAGCGGCAAAGGCAUCUCCCACCAGCGCUGUCCUCCCCCUGCCAGUGGUGCCCCAUGUGGGAGAGACUGAUACAGACACGCUGACAGAGAUUCCUGGCAGACCCGCUGAGACUGCUGAGGAGAAAAAGGAGGAGGAUGAGGAGCCAGAGGAUGAGUACGGAUAUAAUUGGAAGAACAUAAUCCAACGUUAUGGCAGCCUCCCAGGUGUCCUCCACAUGAUUGAGCUGGAGAAAGGCAAAACAGGCCUGGGCCUCAGCCUGGCAGGGAACAGGGACCGCUCACGCAUGAGUGUGUUCGUGGUGGGAAUAGACCCCAACGGGGCGGCCGGCAGGGAUGGACGUAUGGUAGUUGGGGAUGAACUGCUGGAGAUCAACGGACAAGUCCUUUACGGCCACAGCCAUCAGAACGCCUCUUCCAUAAUCAAGAGCGCUCCAUCCAGAGUCAAAAUCAUCUUUGUCAGGAACACAGAAGCGCUCGAGCAGAUGGCUGUGGGACCAGUGAGGGAGCACGAGGGAGACACAGUGGAGCCCCACGCUGAGCCAGAAGAAGCUGCUGCUAAUGGUGACGCUGAUACUUCAACGUAUGUUCACCACAUCAUAAAGCUGAAGGAGGAUGGAGGACUCGGCAUCACUUUUGUUGAGGGCGACACGGAGACUGGAGUCGAGAUUGAGAGUAUUUCUGAAGUGCAAGGACACACUGGCAAAGAGGGCUGCAUGAAAUCAGGGGACAAGCUCUUAGCUGUGAACGGCGAAUCCGUGCUAGGAUACACUGUUGAAAAGGUCACUUCACUCCUGAGAAAAGCUAAAGGUCCAGUGAAGCUAACCUUCACUACAAAGGAGACCCCUUCCUCCUUCUGCUCUGCCCAGGACACGAGCUGCUCAGAUGGAGUCCUUGAUAGCGUACCCAGCAUGCCUAGCAUCUCCCCGACUACCCAGAGUCAGCCAGAGGCAGAAGUGGCCCCUAAUCUCAGUCGCUCAUCCACCCCUUCCGCUCUGGCCUCCGACCCGGCGACCUGUCCCAUCAUCCCCGGCUGUGAAACCACCAUCGACAUCUCCAAGGGCCGCACAGGCCUGGGCCUCAGCAUCGUGGGAGGCUGCGACACCCUGCUGGGGGCCAUCAUUAUCCAUGAAGUUUAUGAACAGGGCGCAGCCUCGAAAGAUGGGAGGUUAUGGGCAGGAGACCAAAUCCUAGAGGUGAAUGGCAUCGACCUGCGAGCAGCCAGUCACGACGAAGCCAUCAACGUGCUGCGGCAGACACCGCAGAGGGUUCGGCUGAUGGUCUACAGGGACGAGGCCCAGUACAAGGAGGAAGACCUGUGGGACUCUUUCACCGUGGAGCUGCACAAGAAUCCCGGCCACGGCCUGGGAUUGAGCAUCGUCGGCAGGAGAUCACGGGACCAGAGGAAUGACACCGGAGUGUUUGUGUCUGACAUUGUGAAAGGAGGUUUGGUGGACGCCGACGGUCGACUGAUGCAGGGCGACCAGAUACUGUCAGUCAACAGUGAGGAUGUCAGGUCAGCCACUCAGGAGGCCGUGGCUGCGCUACUGAAGUGCUGCGUUGGACCUAUAAAAAUGGAAGUGGGGAGGUUUAAGGCAGGCCCCUUCCACUCGGAAAGAAGGCUGUCUCAGAGCAGCCAGAUGAGUGAAACAGGAAGCUCCAAGGUGGUCUCUCAGCCAUGUUCAGACCCUGGCACCCUUCCUGGUGACCCUGACAAACUUAGCGCAAGUGAAGAAUACCCAGAGCAACAAGACAUCAGAACGGUGGAGUUCACUAAAGGUCCCAGUGAUUCUCUGGGUAUCAGCAUAGCGGGCGGAGUAGGCAGCCCCCUGGGCGACAUACCCAUCUUCAUCGCCAUGAUGAAUCCCGUCGGACUAGCUGCUCAGACCCAGAAGCUAAAGAUUGGGGACCGGAUCGUCAGUAUAUGUGGAACCUCUGCUGACGGCAUGAGCCACUCACAGGCUGUCACUCUGCUCAAGAAUGCUACGGGAACAAUACAGCUGCAGGUGGUUGCAGGUGGCGACACCACCGUGACGGGUCCCUCUCAGGAGCAGGCCGGUGGGGGUCUUGCACCCAGCUGCAUCUUCCAGGAUGACCUUGGCCCACCUCAGUAUAAGGCCAUCACUCUUGAAAGAGGACCAGACGGAUUGGGUUUCAGUAUAGUCGGAGGGUACGGCAGCCCCCACGGAGACCUGCCGAUUUAUGUGAAAACUGUUUUUGGGAAGGGGGCGGCAGCAGAGGACGGGCGUCUGAAGCGGGGAGACCAGAUCAUGGCCGUCAACGGGCAGACUCUGGAGGGCGUUUCUCACGAAGAAGCUGUCAGCAUCUUGAAAAGGACCAAAGGAAUGGUCACGCUCACUGUGCUGUCAUAGACAAACACAGACACCCACACUAUGUUCACUGCUAUUUAGGCUUAUAUGGAUGAGUGGCUGGAGUCCUUUAUGAACUUAUUGUUUACCCAAAACAGAGUCAUCCAUUUAUGAAGUCAUUGAACAGGUGUUGUGUGGUCUAGUUUCAGAGGGAAAAAAAAAAUCUGCUCUCUGUCAUAUCCCCCUAAAUGUGUUUUCGGGUUCUGUCAAAGUGACGGUAUUGAAUUUAUUCACACUGAAUUAAAUAAAAGUGACCUUUGGAUUCAA